UUGGCUCAACUAUCCAGUCUACCUAUCCUUUCGGAUGCCCACUUGGCCGCCUUGCUUUCAUUGGUUCCCGACUUCAAUCCUGGCGCCAAUAUCGAUAGUAGGUUCUGCUAUUCUACUACAUUUAGAUCAGCUCCCUCGGAUUCCUCUUGCAUUCAGCCUCAAAAGCUAGAAUACAAUCAACUUUUAUCCCUCGCAUUCAACAGUGGUGAUGAUGGUCUCGACUGCAGCCAACUCGUUCUUCUCCCUACUGAUUGGCGGUCGGUAAAAGAUAGUGCCAGUGGGAAAAGUUAUUUUUACCAUGAAGUUACUCGACAAGUUCAAUGGGAUCCGCCGCCUGGUGCCCUGGUUAUGCCAGCUUCCAAGAUGAAUGGGCCUAAAUCCUUCUCGCAAAAUCGCCAAUUUAUCUCAAAGCUUAUUUCCAUCCUCUAG